GAUUGGGGCUGAGAGGAAAAUUGGAUCAACGAUGAUGAAAUGGCUGAGCAGACAGUAGCUUAAGGUCUUAUGGUCUAGAUAUACCCAGUGACUUGGCCGUCUGAGGCACGUAGGUCUGUUUUUUUUAAAUAUAAAACCAGGUUGAAGAGUGAAAUUAAUUGUGCCAGCUCCCGAUUUGAUUCACACUGGAAGGACUGGAAAUCAUGGAAGGAUGAUAUUCAAGUCAAUAUGAGAAAACACCGUGUACGUGGAUGGCACACAAAUGGUCUCACCUUUUAGAGGUGGGUUGAAGAUAAGCGAGGUGCAAGUGGAUCAAAUCGUGAGCAUUGAUAAAAAGAACAACAUGCCAGUGGAGCUCGCAGCGAGAAGAGAAACAAAAAAAAAACCUCACAAGUCUACUGUUACAUAUGCAAUGAUGAGGCUCCAGCUUCCUGUCUGGACACUGUAUUUGAAUGUGGAGAAGAGAGAGAGAGAAAAAAUCCCCCUUCCCUUUGAGCCGCAGCUGACGGAAAUGCAAUCCACACUCGAAUGAUAUGCAGACUCUGCCAGAAACUACAGGCAGUCCGGUUCCUCCUCGGUCACGAACACAGCCCGUUAAAACUCGGAAGGCAAGCACGAGCGAAGGACAGCGUUAGCACCGAGAGGUGAGGGGGGGAUCUGCCGUUUGUCACCGUUACCUGGAUUAACCCUUCACCUCUCGCAGGGCCGGGCAGGAGGACCCAGGCGCCCUUCCCGUCACCCGCACACUAUGGAAGCAGAAGCCCUGUACAAUUUUGUGGCGUCGGCCGCGGAUGAGCUGAGCUUCAACAAGGCAGAUAUUCUGAAGGUGCUGAACAUGGAGGAUGACCCUAACUGGUAUAAGGCUGAAUUACAUGGCAUAGAAGGUUUUAUUCCCAAGAACUACAUUAAAUUGAAGCCACACAACUGGUAUGUAGGCAGAAUCUCCAGGAUGUCAGCAGAAGAAAUGCUUCUGAAACAAGAAUUCAUCGGGGCUUUUCUAUUACGAGAAAGUGAGAGCUCACCUGGUGAAUUCUCCAUAUCUGUGAAUUAUGGCAAACACGUGCAGCACUUUAAGGUUCUUCGUGAUAACGAGGGCAAAUAUUACUUGUGGGAAGAGAAGUUCCACUCCCUGAAUGAGCUCGUGGACUUCUAUAGGACGACUACAAUUGCAAAGAAACAACAGAUUUUCCUGAGAGAUACAAAGCCUGACGAAGAGGUGGAUAAACCCGUUUUUGUGCAGGCUUGCUUUGACUUUUCUCCGCAAGAUGAUACGGAGCUGAACUUCUACCGGGGCGACGUCAUCGAAGUGCUGGACACCAUGGAUGCCAACUGGUGGAAAGGAAGGUGCCACGGCCGCGUUGGCUACUUCCCACGGAACUACGUCCAGCCAAUGAUGCAGUGACUCCCAGCUGCAACCGGAUCUGAUCAAGAACAUCAAGAAGAAGCCUUACAUCUUACCGCUUCUGUUUUAUGUCAGGCCUGGUCCCUGCAUCAGUGACUACACUUCAAACGUACUUCAUUGGCUGUAAUGCGCUUUGGGAUAUCCUGAGAUUAUGAAGGACAUUAUAAAUGCAAAUUUCUUCCUCAUUGACUUAAGCACAAAAAUUACAGGUAGUCAGACAGACUAUGUCCUUUCCUUCUGUGUAGAGUUUUGUGCAUGACUUUAUUUGCUUUGCACUUGGAUCCCUGCAGCCUCAUUUUGAUGUGGAAUAUAAAUUAAAUCCUGAGAAGUUAUCCAGAGGUCCAACGACGUAACAACCCCCAGUUGUUGCAGCAUUUCAGUUCAUGUGUCAAUGGCAAACCUCUGCUGCAUAUGUAACAUUUGAGGAUGUUGUCAAACAGAAAAGUUCAAAAAAAGAUCAUCAUAAAUAAAAUGUAUAGUAUGUAAAUUUUA